ACGGCAGUAAGCACUAAGCAGAAAAUCGCAUGCGCACAUGUCGAGCAUCCGUUUGUGAUUUGGGGUGGACGGACAGAAAAGGGGUCAAAAUAUCAAGUGAUUUGCAGUGACCGAACGUCUCGAUGUCUGGUAGAGCGAUUCGACCAUGUCCUUAACCCCUCUAAAACGAUUGUCUGAUAAGAAAAAAAUCGCUGCCAUUUACGUCCACUGAUACCCCUCGGAUAUCGGACGCAUUUACGUUCUGUUUUGAUGAAACGACGAAGAUAUGGAGGGUGAUAGGCGAGAUGUCGAUGCGGGGAUGGAAAUGGAAACAGAAAAAAAUGAGAGCUUGGGCAAGGAUAAAUUGGGCUUAACGACAACCGUGGCUCUAGAAAUAUUGGGCAGAGAUAUCAGGCGUGUCGUUGACGAAUACGAGGCUAACUACAAGAAAAAUAGAAUGUACACGGCUUGGCUUAAGGAUUCGCUCCACCAUUGUAGCCAGUACACAACGCUUUGCUGGACAUCGUCCCUGGCUCUAUUGUUGAAUGCUGUUGCGCUAAUCGCCCUCUACUUUGUUGGAAAUGAGUUCUGGUCCAGAUCACUUCUACCCUCUGGAAUAAUAGUUUGCUGCCUUGUGUCGUUCAAUUUUUUUCUAGUCGCUUGCGAUAAUAAACUUCGACAUCAAGAAAUAUUACACAGGGUGAAGAUUUUACUUGAACAAAUUGAAAAUGCCCAAUUUGCGUGCAACUGGAACAUAGAAAACUACCCUCAUUUGUGCAGCCCUUUAUCACCAUGCCUCACCUUGCAAUGGACAUAUCGAGAUGGUAAAGUUGUAAACUUGCCUUGGGCUCUGCUCGUCGCUGGAGAUGUGAUUGUGAUUAAGCCAGGCCAGCAAAUUCCGGGUCACUGCAUUCCCUACAAUGACGAAGGGCCGAUCCUCCAUGCUAAGGAGGUUUACAGCCCGCCUGUUCACAGCGCGAAUGAGAUAUUUUCCAAUCCAAAGGCUCGUACGCCUCUGAAAAACAAGAUCUACAAACUUCAGGAAACACCGUACUUGACCAACCUCAGAAUGGCUUUGGACCAAGCGCUGGAUAGGCCAGUUACAUAUCAUAAUCGAGAACGUCAUCUAGUCAUGAUUUGUUGCAUCGAGCAGUUGGCCUACCCCAUUAUUUUAAUCGUAGUAUUACUUGUCAACUUAUUACGUCAUUUGUAUCUAUCGAAGGACGUCGGCAUCGGCCACUGGACUGAAAUGUUUUUACUUCAACCGAUCGCCGUGACACUUCCUCUCUUACCGCUAGUUUUUCCCGCUGCUUGGCUGGCUUUGAACUGCUUUGGAAUGGCCAGAUUCAAAGCCUUGUUUAAGUUGUACCAGUCUUCAAAAAAAAUGCAGUUUGUAGAUCCCUUCGAGGAUGCUGAUAUUUCUGGACCAAGCAACCCAGAAGUUGUUUACAACUGGUCAGAAGUCAGGCAGUACUUCGUCAAUAUUUUUGUUGGCAGAGAACACAUGAUGUCCAGAUCUGCCAAUAUACUUCACGUCCUGGGAUCGGUCACUGCGUUGUGCUGCGUGGACAAAAAAGGGAUAUUGUCAUGGCCGAACCCAACGGCAGAGAAAGUUUUCUUCCUUCGUAACGCAAGCACUGUGUCUCAAACAUCUAGUAACGAAAGCAUGGAGAAAACUGCCGAUCUGCUCUCAUCUCACAAUGAACAGGGAAAACAUGACACGAAUAGAAUAUCUUACGCGCAACAUGACAUGUCACACUCGGUAGCUGAGGUUCUAGAUCUGACGCAUGAUCAUGCCCUACCUUUUCGAUUGGAGUUUGACGACCACGCUUGGAAGCAGCAUAUAAAUUCGCUGAAACCAUUAGGCUUGGCUAUUCUUCUUAAUACGUGCAAUAUGGACACGCAGGAACACUAUACUCAGUUCUGUUGUCACGUCACUUGCGAAGCUCUCUACAACGAAAAUCUUGUCCCUGUUACUAAUCGAAGAUGCUUGUGUGAACUGGCUAAGCAAAUCGGAUUUCAAGAUCAAGCCCAGGAGAUAUUCAAGCUUGAAGAACAACUGUCGACCUUCAAGCAUGUACAGCCCGAAAUGGUGAGAAGAGACAUAAAGUUUGCUCGAUCGUUGAGCCUCUCAACAAAGUUGAAAUUCCCAUUUCCGCACAUGGUGUCUGUCGUGGUAAGGGAGAGGAGCGGCGGAGGGUUGCAACUGCUAGCCCAAGGGACAGCGGACAUAAUUUUGGACUCGUGCAUCGAAUUUUGGGAUGGUCACGACUUGUGUCCCUUGUCCGCUAGCGACAGAAAGAAAGUGCAGGACUUCUAUCAGCGCACGAGCUUGACGUCGUAUUGUACGGCGUUUGCUUAUAGACCGCUGACGCGAAGUGUCAAUAGCAAAUUGUCGGAGAUAUAUUUAGAGCUUCCUACAGACAGUAAACAUUUGUAUACGCCGCAUCGAAGCCCAACUCCGCUCCCUUGGGACUUCAGGAAUGUUCUAGACCCGAGAGUUAGGGGCGUGAUUGGGCAAUUUCAUUCGACAGAUUCGCUUUUGUGCAACGAGAAUAAAGAUGAGGAGGUGAAUGACAUCGAAGGAUGUUUUGACCUUCAAUGUAACCAGGUUUUCAUUGGGAUGGUCACAAUGCAAUAUCAAGCUCAAACAGACAUGGUACAAUUAAUUGAGCAACUAGAAAGAGCCUGUAUAAGGUUUGUUCACUUUAGCAAAGAGAAUGAAUUAAGGUCCAGGGUAUUUUCGGAGAAAAUGGGACUCGAAAGUGGGUGGAAUUGUCACAUUUCACUGUUGAGCGAAAGGGCCAGGUCGGAGAGUCCUGUGGGUUACUGGGUGAGCCAAGCAGCAGCUAUGUUCUCACCCACACCCUCAACCCGAUCUCACCAGCAUAACCAUUCCUGCAUGGACGAGGCCAGCCAAUUGCUUAACCAUAUCUCCCCUCGUAGUAACCUGGAUAACAGUCGGGCAAUGAGCAUGUCGGCUCCGAGUGCUAUAAACACAGAAUUCACUACAGUCAAGUUCGAUGAUGAAACUACCGAGUGCAAUGAGGCAGAGCCAAUGCAGCCCAAGAGCGCAAUGAGUCACAGAGAGCAAGACACGAUGCAAAGCGAGGACAGUGUUCUUGUUCAGAGCGUCGAUUUGGGAUCAGGGCAAGAAGCUUGGCGCUCGUUGAGCUGUCUGACCGACAGCACGGAACAAAGCGCACCCGUCAAUUUUGAUAUGUCCAACAGAGCCAAACUACCUCGUGGCAUAGACAAGAUAAGGCCACAUAUCGAACUUAUCGACAACGUUCCACUGCUCGUGUCUCUCUUCACAGACUGCAAUACCGCAGUUACCCGAGAAAUGCUCCAUAUUAUGCAGGACUAUGGAGAAGUUGUCUGCGUUCUGGGCUCUUCGGCUAACGCAGAGAACAUGCCAAUAUUCAUGCAGGCUGACGCGGGAGUCGCCGUAGAACCUCUCUAUCCUCAAGUCUGUCAGAAAGUGCCAGUUAUGAUGCCGACGACGGAAGAUCAAGGACCGUCACCUGUCGACCUCAGCAGAGCUUUAAAUUCCAUUUCCUGUUCACUGAGCAUUAGACGCGAGGAUCCGAUUGCCUUGUAUCAUCUAGUUAUGGAGGCCCGCCACUACAUGCAAUGUGUCUGGAAUUGCGUGCAAUUUUGGAUUUGCUGCGUAGUCACUCUGUCGAUGGCACAACUAUUGUCCGGCUUCCUGAUGCUGCCGCCACUGUUUUCGGUAGGACAAGUGCUCUGGUUGAGCUGUUUGAUUAUUCCGCUGUUAUCGGUAUCCCUUGUUGCGACUCCCACAGAUCCUACAAUUAUGCAAAGAGCUACCGGAAAGAAUCAGUGCUUAGUUAACGGACAGGUCGCGUUAUUCGUCCUUUGGUGUUACGGCAGUAAAUUCGUACCAACUGUUGUAACAGUCGUCUUAUCUCAGGGUAUUUUACUAGCCAAUAUGUGUCAUAAAUUUUGGCAUGAAAAUUCUAAAUGUGUUUACGUCUACCCUCAACCUCCCCCUGCUCCUAAACUCGGAGCUGACUCUGACGUGCCUGUGCAAUGGGGUGGCUGGGGUUCAGAACCACUUGCUAUUCUGCUCGCCCAGCAUUUUGCUUUGGUACUAGCAGUCUUACAUUUUGUUACGAUCUCCAUCAGUUUUGUUCACCGUGAAUAUUCCGUUUGGCGAAAACAGCCGAUAAAAAACUGGACGUGGGUUCUGACCACUCUCAUCGUGCUUGGCGCACAGGCCAUUUUCUCCGGAAUAAUAUUUUGGCAAUGUUGGACGGUAGAGUUCAAAAGAUUAGAUAACUUUCAACUUCAAUUGCCACUGUUUUUCCUGUUCUCCGUUCCCCUCAUUUUCGCGAUAAAUGAACUAGUGAAAUGGCAAGAAAUUAAAGCGAACGUGAGGUAUCAAAAGAGGGCCAGAUUGGAAUUUGGCACAAAACUCGGGAUGAAUUCACCGUUUUAAUCGAAUAUUGCCAAUUUGUAAUAUUUUUUGUAAUUUGUAAAUACGGUACCCAAUUAAGUGUCUAGGUUCUGAAGUACUCACUUGAAUCCCUCAGAACCGGCGAUCGAUUUUCUUUUAAAAAUUUUUUCAAAUCUUUUUUCCAAUCCAACCACAUACUGCCGUCUUUCUAUAAAUAAUUAAUUAUUAGCUGUACAUAAUACCGCGUAAUCUUCAGGGAUUGCGUCAUAUCCACGAGGUCCUAGCAUUUUUUUUUUCCAGAAUCCUCAUUCUAUUGGAAUAUACCCCUUUCUUGGUGCUUCGAUGCAACAAAAACUGCACAAUUCACCG